AUGACCAUCAUGACUUAUUCAACGACUGAGCUUCUGGAUGCUACAAGGCCAAAUGGACGGAGCUGGACCUCACUGAGAGGGGAGAGAGGGGAGAAGAAGGAGAGAUCGGUGAAAGGAAGAAGAGGGGGGUGGAGGGAGAAGAGCCAGGAGAAAAGUAAUAGGGGAGAGAGGAGGAAGAGGGGAGAGAGGAGGAGGAGGGGUGAGACGAGGGAAAGGAGGGAGGCAGGAGAGAGGGGUAAGACAGGGUAGAGGGGGAAGUGAGGCCUGUUUGAGAGGAGAGACAGAGGACAGAAAGGGAAGAAGAGAAAGAGUGGGAAGAGGGGUGUGAAAGGACAGAAAAGACAGACGAGGAAUCCGUUCCUUACUAUGGCUCUACAUCAUGACCCUAUGCCUCACCUUUGACCCCGCGACCUCCCAGGGUCACUUCCCCUGGUGGAGAUCAUCGGAGCCCACAAGCCCGUCACCCUCUCCCCCGCCCGCUCCACACCUGUGGCACCCCCGAGCGCACCACCUAAUUCCACAGCCCCGCCUCCCGGGAGGCGCUCCACAACUGCAGCCAGGCCUUCUGCAACCAGGAGUGACCCUACAGCUCCUCCACCCCACCUCACACACCCCUGCUGCUCUCCACACACUGGGGCAUCUGUGUCACCCAGGACGGACAGAACCCUCACCCCGGGACAGAGACAGGGGGAGAGGGGGAUGGAUCCAGAAGGAGUGUGAUAUUCUAGGGUUCCCAGGGAGGAUGCGUGGCCUCUCCUCCCUCUCAGUGUCUGGGUCAUCUGGCCUCCUUCACCCUGGCUGUGUGGAUCAAACCUGAGGCUCCUGAACACGUGAAUAUUACUUUUAUUCAUCCUCUUUUAUGUAUUUUAUGUAUACUGUUGUUAUAAACUGUAUUAAGAUGUCAAAAUGCACUUUCGAUGACAUUUAAUUUAAUUUAGCUCAAAGUUCAAAAUCAACUGUUUAAGUGAUAAACUUGACUUUUUAGCCUGCAUAACCAUAUCAUGGUCUCAGCCACAAACAGCUGGUUAGUCCGACAUGCACUUAUCAGGAGUGGCCUUUUAGGUAGUCCAAUCCAGAGAGAAAGAUAAGACAGGACCAUGUUAGAAAACAAUCAGGUCACAGAGAGACAUGAAACCUGAAGCUUUGGUAGUGGUGUAAGUAGGCCAGGACAGGACAGGAUAGAACAGGAAAUACUUUCCUUCAGAACAAACAGAAAAGAGCAGAGCAGCGUGGCAGUGAGGGACUGCAUCCCAAAUGGCACCCUCUUCGCUCUAUAGUGCACUACUUGGGCCCAGGUCAAAAUGUGUGCACUAUAUAGGGAAUAGUGUGCCAUUUAGGACGCAGAGUGGUAACGUAAGGUGUUACUGGGAGAGCUUACAUUGUGCUGGGUUUCACACACUUACAAUCAGAUCAGUUUCUUCUCUGGUAACUGUCUGGCAACACUCUGCUUAUCAUACAAUCAUACAGGCCUUUGCUUUGUGAAUCCCUCCCACGCCUGUUGUUUGUAGGCUAUCAGUCUUUGUUGUGAGUGACCAAAAUGGCCGCCAUCAAAGAGGCUAGAUAAAAGGCUCUCUGUCCUCAUCUAUCCCUGACCUCUCGCUCUAGCCACAUUGUCCCACUGACCACCACAGCUGCCCAUUCCAACAUCUACACAGUGUACAGAAUACAUACAGUAUUCACUGACUGUACAGUAAGCCUGCAGUACAUGUGUUGCUUUGGAUAAAAGGGUUAGCUAAAUAACCAUAUUAUGAUAUUGGUCUGUGGUCUGUGGUCUGUAGUCUGUGAAUCAUGUACCAGUUGGUCUGUUUGAUGAGGCUAUGUGAUGUGUGUUCCGGAAGCUGUCCAUUGAUCUCUGGCAUCCUACCUAACACAGGCCUCACUGGUAUUCGACUACUGCCACACAGAUAAUGAAGAGGUGGACUUUGGGAAUUUGAUUUAAAUUAUAGCAAACACAGGAAUUCCAGUGAUCACUAGUGCAUGUGUGUGUGUGCUUACACAGUGUGUGUAUGUACUGUACGUGUGUGUGUGUGUGUUUGUGUGUGAGCUAUACAUUAUCAGCAACUGUGGAUCAAUGGGAGGAAGAUUGUCCUAUGUGUUUCACCAGCGUAGAAAGAGAGCAUCAGCUCAAAGAGCAUUUUGUUUUCCUCCACGUAGAAAAUGUCUAAAUAGAGAGGGGAGCCGAGAGGGCAGCGGAGAGCGGAGCGGACAGGGGAGCUGAGCAGAGGGAUGAAAGGACUGAGAGAGAAAGGGAUGUCCUCAGGAGGGGAAUCCUCUAACCACUGCCUUUCAGCUCCAAACACAGUCUGAUACUACUCACAGUCAGCUCUAAACAGGUGUUACAAAGGACUAAAUCAGCUAUAUCAUCAGAAUUGAUUGAACCUAUUUGAUGUUAAUGUAGGGUUAUGGUUAGACUUUAGGUUAGGUGUAAUGAUAAAGUUAAGGUUAAAGCAGCAAUCAGCAGUUGAAACAAUAAUUAAGCGCUCUCCCAGCUGAGGGAUGGGGCAGGAGAAAUGUAACCACUCUCAAAUUCAUAGACAAAGCUAUGGAUGCAAGGACUGACCAUCCAAAAAAUCAUAAUUAUAGUUUUAACCAUGUUUUGAGGCUAUAUAGUCAGCCAGGUCACACCAGAUCCAAUGCAGUAUUCGAUGUUCGUCCAGGUCCCCAGGACGUCUGGAGAUGCCUUCAAUACUGGCCACUAGGGGCAAUGGUGAGUGCUAUUACCAUCAAAUCAAAUCACAUUUUAUUUGUCACAUAUACGUGUUUAGCAGAUGUUAUAGCGGGUGUAGCGAAAUGCUUGUGCUUCUAGCUCCGACAGUGCAGUAAUAUCUAACAAUUUCACAACAUAUACCCAAUACACACAAAAAAGUAAGGAAUGGGAUUUAAGAAUAUAUAUAUAUAUAUGGACAAGCAAUGACAGCAAUGACAGAGCGGCAUGGACUAAGAUACAGAAGAAUAUUAUAGAAUAGAAUGCAGUAUAUAAUAAUAAUAUAAUAUAAUAUGCCAUUGAGCAGACGCUUUUAUCCAAAGCGACUUACAGUCAUGCGUGCAUACAUUAUUUUAUUUUUUUGUGUAUGGGUGGUCCCGGGGAUCGAACACACUACCUUGGCGUUACAAGCGCCGUGCUCUACCAGCUGAGCUACAGAGGACCACAUAUACACCAUAUACAUAUGAGAUGAGUAGUGCAAGAUAUGUAAACAUUAUUAAAGUGACUAAUGUUCCAUUUCUUAAAGUGGCCAGUGAUUUCAAUAGGCAGCAGCAGCCUCUAAUGUGCUAGUGAUGGCUAUUUAACAGUCUGAUGGCCUUGAGAUAGAAGCUGUUUUUCAUUCUCUCGGUCCCAGCUUUGAUGCACCUGUAACUGACCUCGCCUUCUGGAUGAUAGCGGGGUGAACAGGCAGUGGCUCGGGUGGUUGAUGUCCUCAAUUAUCUUUUUGACCUUCCUGUGACAUCGGGUGCUGUAUGUGUCUUGGAGGGCAGGUAGUUUGCCCCCGGUAAUGCGUUCGGCAGACCGCACCACCCUCUGGAGAGCCCUGCGGUUGUGGGCGGUGCAGUUGCCGUACCAGGCGGUGAUACAGCCCGACAGGAUGCUCUCAAUUGUGGAUCUGUAAAAGUUUGUGAGGGUUUUUGGUGAUAAGCCAAAUUUCUUCAGCCUCCUGAGGUUGAAGAGGCUCUAUUGCGCCUUCUCGGAGUAGGCUCAGAGGAACACAGGUUCAAAGCACAUGUAAACAAACACUUUAUCAACAAGAUCUCAUGGUCUGAAAAGGUCUGACUUCGGUAUUCAACGUUUGUCCUGGGGGCAUCCUAAACCAUCUCACAGGUUCAAUCCCAGUGCUACACUCUUGGAAAAAGAAGGUGCUACCUGGAACCCAGAAGGGUUCUUCAGCUGUCCCCAUAGGAUAACCUUUUGAAGAACCCUUUUUGGUUCCAAGUAGAACCAUUUUGGUUCAAGGUAGAAAACGGUUCCAAAACGGUUCUACCUGGAACCACAAAGGGCUCUAAUUGGAACCAACAAUGGCUCGAACUGGAUACAAAAAUGAUUCUCCAAUGGGGACAGCCAAAGAACACUUUUGGAACCCUUUUUUCUAAGAGUGUAGGCACUAGUGUCAUGAACCCUGCGUCCUGAGUCUGUUCCUGCCUGUGUUGCCGUUUUUCUGCUCGGUAUCUCCUGUUUCCCGAAGGUUCCUGAACGCACCCUGUCCGGUUGCCGGGCGACGUUGCUAGGCGGGUGAUCUCUCGAUUACCCGCACCUGCUUCUCAUCCAUUCCCUGCUGGAUCGUUAGCCAUUAACAGUAUGUUUUGCCAGCGUAUCAGCCUCUGAGUACUAGCGUUAGUUUUGUUGUUUUUUGCACCUUAUUGACCUGCCUUGUACUUACCUCCGUUUUUUUCUGUCUACAGUCAUUCUCCCGGAACCUUCACCCAACCCCUGCCGUGCCAUCAUUUAAUCUGCCACUUCACCUCCACCUACUCAUCUCCGCCACCCGCUCCGUCUCCUGGAUUGGGCCCAGCCCGGUACGAGAUUGCAGCUCCAGAGGUUUCUGGGGUUUGUGAAUUUCUAUCGUAGAUUUAUGCGUGACUUCAGCCGUGUGGCCGCUCCUUUAACUGCCCUGACUUCUAGUACCAGAACCUUCAGUUGGAAUCCUGAGGCGGACCGAGCAUUUCUGGAUUUGAAGAGGCGAUUCACCAACGCUCCGAUUCUCUCUCAACCUGACACUGCCCGUCAGUUUGUCGUUGAGGUGGAUGCGUCUGAUGUGGGGGUUGGCGCCAUCCUGUCCCAGCGAUGCUCCACUGACGGUAAACUCCAUCCCUGCGCCUACUACUCUCGUCGUCUUUCGUCUGCGGAGAGGAACUACGAUGUGGGUAACCGGGAGCUUCUCGCAGUGAAACUUGCCUUGGAGGAGUGGCGCCACUGGUUGGAGGGGGCGGAGCAACCGUUUGUUGUCUGGACUGACCACAAGAAUCUUGCUUACGUGCAAUCGGCUAAACGUCUCAACUCCCGUCAGGCCAGGUGUUCGUUGUUUUUUGGACCCUUUAAUUUUUCCUUGACGUUCCGACCGGGGUCUAAGAACGGCAAGGCGGACGCCUUGUCCCGGAUGUUCUCCAAGACGGAGGAGAGUGGGGCCAAGACUGAGACGAUUCUUCCCCGGAACCUUGUCAUAGGAGCCGUUAUGUGGAGGAUUGAGGAGGAGGUUAUGGCGUCCCUUCGGACGCAGCCCGGCCCCGGUAACGGUCCACCCGGUCGGUUUUUUGUGCCUGAGUCGGUCCGUUUGGCUGUCCUCCAAUGGUCCCACGCCAGCAAGAUGGCUUGCCACCCAGGCGUGGCUCGGACGAUGGCGCUUCUACGCAGACGAUUUUGGUGGCCUGCCAUGGGAGAAGAUACUCGGAGGUUUGUUGCUGCCUGUCCAGUUUGUGCGCAGAACAAGAGUGCCAAUCGGCCCAGCUCUGGACUUCUUCAACCCCUACCUAUCCCCCGGCGACCAUGGUCGCAUCUGGCCCUGGACUUUGUCACUGGGUUGCCCUCUUCUGAGGGGAACACGGUCAUUCUGACUAUUGUGGACAGAUUCAGCAAGUUUGACCACUUUGUGCCCAUCUCCAAGCUUCCCUCUGCCUCUGAGACGUCCAAUAUCCUGGUUAGGGAGGUUUUCAGGGUUCAUGGAUUGCCCAGUGACAUAGUUUCCGACCGUGGUCCUCAGUUCACCUCUGCUGUCUGGAAGUCCUUCUGUUAGGCCAUUGGAGCUACAGUCAGUCUCACAUCUGGAUUUCACCCCCAAUCAGAGAGCCAACCAGAAGAUGGAAUCCACGCUGCGCUGCCUUGUUUCCUCCAACCCCACCUCUUGGGUCUCUCAGUUGCCUUGGGUUGAGUAUGCCCACAAUACUCUCCCUACUUCUGCCACAGGGAUGUCUCCCUUCCCGUGCCUAUACGGCUACCAACCCCCCCUGUUUCUCACUCAGGAGAAGGAUCUCUCGGUUCCCUCUGUCCAGGCCCACAUUCGUCGUUGCCACCGGACCUGGCAUCGGGCCAGAAAGGCCCUCCUUCGAGUUUCUGACCGGUAUCAGCUCCAGGCGAAUCGUCGCCGUAUUCCAGCCCCCGCUUAUGCCAUCGGAGAUAGGGUCUGGUUGGCUACACGGGACCUCCCUCUGCGGACUGAGUCAAGGAAACUGUCGCCGAGGUUCAUUGGUCCGUUUGUGGUGGAGAGAGUGAUCAAUCCGGUUGUGGUUCGACUCAAGUUGCCUAGGACGCUAAAAGUCCAUCCCACCUUCCAUGUCUCCUGCCUCAAGCCUGUUCUCCUCAGCCCUCUGUUGCCGCCUCCUCCUCCUUGGAUGAUCGGAGGAGGUCCUGUCUACACGGUGCGCCGCAUCAUGGAUUCCAGACGGCGGGGCCGGGGUUUCCAGUAUCUCGUGGACUGGGAGGGGUAUGGUCCUGAGUAGAGGAGUUGGAUUCCUCGGCGUCAGAUCCUUGAUGCUGACCUCCUUUGUGACUUCUACCGCCUCCAUCCUGGCGCUCCGGGUAGUCCGCCCGGUGGCGUUCAUCUGAGGGGGGGUACUGUCAUGAACCCUGCGUCCUGAGUCUGUUCCUGCCUGUGUUGCCGUUUUUCUGCUCGGUAUCUCCUGUUUCCUGACGGUUCCUGAACGCACCCUGUCCGGUUGCCGGGCGACGUUGCUAGGUGGGUGAUAUCUCGAUUACCCGCACCUGCUUCUCAUCAGCCUCAGCACACCUGGUCCUGAUCAUCACCCCUUCUUAAGCUCUGACCUGACAUCCAUUCCCUGCCGGAUCGUUAGCCAUUAACAGUAUGUUUUGCCAGCGUAUCAGCCUCUGAGUACUAGUGUUAGUUUUGUUGUUUUUUGCACCUUGUUGACCUGCCUUGUACUUACCUCCGUUUUUUUCUGUCUACAGUCAUUCUCCCGGAACCUUCACCCAACCCCUGCCGUGCCAUCAUUUAAUCUGCCACUUCACCUCCACCUACUCAUCUCAGCCACCCGCUCCGUCUCCUGGAUUAUUCUGCAUCCUUUUGAAUCUGUAAAUAAACACUCACCUUCGUUCAACUCACCUUGUCCUGGUCUGCUUCUGGGUUCGGUCUUAGAGAACCGUGACAACUAGUUUCUUUCUUUUUUACUCUAUCCCAAACAUUAACCCUUAACUUAACCAAUCGGAAUGAAUUCCUAUCUUAACUGUCAAAACUCUAAGAUUUUUUCCCCCGACCCCAGGACAAACGUUGAAUACUGAAGUCAGACCUUUUCAGAACAUGAGAUCUUGUUGAUAUAGUGCUUUGUUUCCAAACAUUGUCAUAAAACAGGCUUGCAGUACCAGUCAAAAGUUUGGACACACCUACUCAUUCAAGGGUUUUUCUUUAUUUUUACAAUUUUCGACAUUUUAGAAUAAUAGUGAAGACAUCUUUUGAUUUGUUUAACACUUUUUUGGUUACUACAUGAUUCCAUAUGUGUUUUUCAUAGUUUUAAUGUCUUCACUAUUAUUCUACAAUGUAGAAAAUACACUGCGCAAAAAAAUAAAGGGAACACUUAAACAACACAAUGUAACUCCAAGUCAAUCAGAUCUCCCAAGUGGCGCAGUGGUCUAAGGCACUGCAUCGCAGUGCUAGCUGUGCCACUAUAGAUCCUGGUUCGAAUCCAGGCUCUGUCGUAGCCGGCCGCGACCGGGAGACCCAUGCGACGGCGCACAAGUCGUCCAGGGUAGGGGAGGGAAUGGCCGGCAGGGAUGUAGCUCAGUUGGUAGAGCAUGGCGUUUGCAACGCCAGGGUUGUGGGUUCGUUUCCCACGGGGGGCCAGUAUGAAAAAAAAUAUAUACAUAAAAAUGAAUGCACUCACUAACUGUAAGUCGCUCUGUAUAAGAGCGUCUGCUAAAUAACUAAAAUGUGAAAUCACUGUCCACUUAGGAAGCAACACUGAUUGACAAUACAUUGCACAUGCUGUUGUGCAAAUGGAAUAGGCAACAGGUGGAAAUUAUAGGCAAUUAGCAAGACACCCCCAAUAAAGGACUGGUUUUGCAGGUGGUGACCACUUCUCAGUUCCUAUUCUUCCUGGCUGAUGUUUUGGUCACUUUUGAAUGCUGCCGGUGCUUUCACUCUAGUGGUAGCAUGAGACGGAGUCUACAACCCACACAAGUGGCUCAGGUAGUGCAGCUCAUCCAGGAUGGCACAUCAAUGCGAGCUGUGGCAAGAAGGUUUGCUGUGUCUGUCAGCGUAGUGUCCAGAGCAUGGAGACGCUACCAGGAGACAGGCCAGUACAUCAGGAGACGUGGAGGAGGCCGUAGGAGGGCAACAACCCAGCAGCAGGACUGCUACCUCCGCCUUUGUGCAAGGAGGAGCAGGAGGAGCACUGCCAGAGCCCUGCAAAAUGACCUCCAGCAGGCCACAAAUGUGCAUGUGUCUGCUCAAACGGUCAGAAACAGACUCCAUGAGGGUGGUAUGAGGGCCCGACGUCCACAGGUGGGGGUUGUGCUUACAGCCCAACACCGUGCAGGACGUUUGGCAUUUGCCAGAGAACACCAAGAUUGGCAAAUUCGCCACUGGCGCCCUGUGCUCUUCACAGAUGAAAGCAGGUUCACACUGAGCACGUGACAGACGUGACAGAGUCUGGAGACGCCAUGGAGAACGUUCUGCUGCCUGCAACAUCCUUCAGCAUGACCGGUUUGGCGGUGGGUCAGUCAUGGUGUGGGGUGGCAAUUCUUUGGGGGGCCGCACAGCCCUCCAUGUGCUCGCCAGAGGUAGCCUUACUGCCAUUAGGUACCGAGAUGAGAUCCUCAGACCCCUUGUGAGACCAUAUGCUGGUGUGGUUGGCCCUGGGUUCUUCCUAAUGCAAGACAAUGCUAGACCUCAUGUGGCUGGAGUGUGUCAGCAGUUCCUGCAAGAGGAAGGCAUUGAUGCUAUGGACUGGCCCGCCCGUUCCCCAGACCUGAAUCCAAUUGAGCACAUCUGGGACAUCAUGUCUCGCUCCAUCCACCAACGCCACGUUGCACCACAGACUGUACAGGAGUUGGCGGAUGCUUUAGUCCAGGUCUGGGAGGAGAUUCCUCAGGAGACCAUCCGCCACCUCAUCAGGAGCAUGCCCAGGCUUGUAGGGCACGUACAGGCACGUGGAGGCCACACACACUACUGAGCCUCAUUUUGACUUGUUUUAAGGACAUUACAUCAAAGUUGGAUCAGCCUGUAGUGUGGUUUUCUACUUUAAUUUUGAGGGUGACUCCAAAUCCAGACCUCCAUGGGUUGAUAAAUUUGAUUUCCAUUGAUAAUUUUUGUGUGAUUUUGUUGUCAGCACAUUCAACUAUGUAAAGAAAAAAUUAUUUAAUAAGAUUAUUUCAUUCAUUCAGAUCUAGGAUGUGUUAUUUUAGUGUUCCCUUUAUUUUUUUGAGCAGUGUAGUAAAAAUAAAGAAAAACCCUGAAUAACUAGGUGUGUCCAAACUUUUGACUGGUAGUGUAUAUUUUGGGUUCUGAUAAGGUACAACAGUUAAACUAAGCUCAUGAGGCAUGUAUGUUUUUCAAGAAUAAAUGGGUACAUAUCAUUAAUUUCAAAGUCCAAAAAUGGAUGUAGCAACUACAGAUUGCCCCUUUAAGGUUAGUUAUGUGGCUGUGUACAUCAGGACCAAAGAGGGAGUGAGCCUAGUUUAUUCUCCUCAAAAAUGUAUACCUAUAAGUAUGCCAGGUCCAGGAUAACAUGAAACUAAAAUAUGUGCCUCCGCACUCACCCUAGACGCUGGGACCAGCCACACGCACGCGCGGACACACAGACACACACACAAGUGCAUGUGCACAUGUACGUGCUAACACACACACACACACACACACACACACACACACACACACACACACACACACACACACACACACACACACACACACACACACACACACACACACACACACACACACACACACACACACACACACACACACACACACACCCCUGAGAGGACUGGCCCAAUUCUAAGUAGACCAAACAGGCAGAAACACAGGCAGCAUUUAAUUCCUAAAACCUGUCCCCUGUGCCCUACCUCAUCUCAUUCACUCAAGUGAACUGGACUGAACAGGCAUGCAGUGCAAACAACACACACACACACACACACACACACACACACACACACUGUGCAAGUGAUUUAUUGGGUGUGUUGGCCUGUAUUCAUAAAAAGCCAGAGUUUCCUCAUAAAAUGUGUUUGAUGGUGUUUAAUAUGACACAGAGUGUGUGGGUGGCUGCUCCUCUAGACCACUGUAACACCAGGGAGAAAUCAUGUUAAAUAUGGAUAUUAAAUGUGUAAAUGUCACAAUGAUCCUCACUGGAUUCUUGUGGGUGGGUCUUACCCUCUGUGGAAACAUAGUCAUCUAUCUAGACCAUAAUGUAGGUUUCCAAACCUAGAGCUGGAGAGUUAUGGGGACUGAAGGCUUUUGUUCCAACCCUGCAAUAACACACCUACAGUAACUAUUGUAGUUGAUUAUUUGAAUCAGAUGUCUUAGUGAUGGGCUGGAACAAAAGCCUACACACGCAGUAGCUCUUGAGCUCUUGAUGUGGUCUGACGCUGAAUAAGAAGAGUUCAGAGUAGAGAGAGGCGUGUGUGUUUGUGUGCGUGUGUGUUUGUGUGUGUGUGUGUUUGUGUGUGUGUGUGUGUGUUUGUGUGUGUGUGUGUGUGUGUGUGUGUGCGUACAUGCGUAUGUGUGUGUGCUCCUGACCCGGUGUCUCUGUCUCUCUCUGGUCAGGACGGUGUUGGAGAAGAGUUCAGAAGAGCGGUUGGUGUUCCUGCUGACCGUGUCAGAGUCUGCGGUCACGCUACGGUAUGGUCAGCCCAGUGGUCAGGUUCUCUCUAUGACCUUCAGCACCCAGGGCAGACUCACAGUGGACAGGUGGACCCACCUACCUCUACAGGUAAGAACCGGGUUACUGUACCUAUCACACUGCCUAUCUAACCUGUCCUGCUAUCCCCUGUUACAUGUGUUUUGGAAAGGAGUGGGUCUUGAGUUAUAUAUACACUCCACCUCUGUGGUGAUAGUAUGUACUUUUUUUGUUAGCUAUGCCAUUGCUAUGACACCAUUGUGUAAUCCUUUUGUGUCACUUUUCACUUGUUGACUUUGCACUUGACUUCAUGUGUGUAUUCCUGAGUUCAGGUGUGUGUGUUGUUGUCUGUAAGCCAUGUAUGCGUGCCAGUGUAUUUUCCAUCGGUUAGUGCAUGUGUCCUUAUUUUAAUGGUUGGCCAAUAGGCAGUAAGAGUAUUGAUAUUAAUGUGUUAAAUGAGAUCCACAGCAGGUCUGUGUUGAACUGGUGUCACUACACAUCUAGAGGCUGGAGAUGACGUAUGGGCGGGGGGUAAUUAUACUGGUAAACAUCUGCUUUGGACCAGCUGUGGGGGCAGGGGGGCACACACACAGACACACAUCAAGACACAACCAUGGGCAUACACACAGUCGUCCCUACGCUUCCUAAACAGUACACCAACAGGCAGAGAUGGCAAACAAAACAUAAAGGCAGGCACAGGACGGAGGAGAACUAUGGCUUUACAGUAUAUGCAGGGAUACCACUGCCCUUGUUAAAUACUUAUAUAAUGUAUUCUGCCUUACUGAAUACUAUAAGCUCCAUUAUCUAAGUGUAAAAAAUUACCUGACCAUUAUAAUCACUUUAUUUUACUGUGCAUUCGGAAAGUAUUUAAACCCCUUGACUUUUUCCACAUUUUGUUACGUUACAGCCUUUUUCUAAAAUUGAUUAAAUAACAAAUUUUCCUCAUCAAUAUACACACAAUAUCCCAUAAUGAUGAAGAAAAAACAGUUUUUUAGAAAUUUUUGCAAAUGUAUUAAAAUAAAAAACAGAAAUACCUUAUUUACAUAAGUAUUCAGACCCUUUACUAUGAGACUCCAAGUUGAGCUCAGGUGCAUCCUGUUUCUAUUGAUCAUCCUUGAGCUGUUUCUACAACUUGAUUGGAGUCCACCUGUGGUCAAUUCAAUUGAUUUGACAUGAUUUGGAAAAGCAAAGGUCCCACAGUUGACAGUGCAUGUCAGAGCAAAAACCAAGCCAUGAGGACGAAGGAAUUGUCCGUAGAGCUCCGAAACACGAUCGUGUCGAGGCACAGAUCUGGGGAAGGGUACCAAAAAAGGUCUGCAGCAUUGAAGGUCCCCAAGAACACAGUGGCCUCCAUCAUUCUUAAAUGGAAGAAGUUUGGAACCACCAAGACUCUUCCUAGAGCUGGCCGCCAGGCCAAACUGAGCAAUCGGGGAAGAAGGGCCUUGCUCAGUGAGAUGACCAAGAACCCAAUGGUCACUCUGACAGAGCUCAAGAGUUCCUCUGUGAAGAUGGGAGAACCUUCCAGCAGGACAACCAUGUCUGCAGCACUCCACCAAUCAGGCCUUUAUGGAAGAGUGGCCAGACGGAAACCACUCCUCAGUAAAUGGCACACGACAGCCCGCUUGGAUUAUAUAUUUAACAUUUUGUUUAUUUCUUUUCUUUUUUUUUUUCUUUUUUUUUUUAGGGAGUAGAUCAGCUUUAAUAUUUCAGAUAGAUUGUAACUUCCAUCAAUGUAAUUGUCUGCAUCACUUCCAAUCCCCCAUAUGUUUUUUUUCUCGCAAAUAUAUAUAUACAGUGGGGGAAAAAAGUAUUUAGUCAGCCACCAAUUGUGCAAGUUCUCCUGCUUAAAAAGAUGAGAGAGGCCUGUAAUUUUCAUCAUAGGUACACGUCAACUAUGCCAGACAAAAUUAGAAAAAAAAAUCCAGAAAAUCACAUUGUAGGAUUUUUAAUGAAUUUAUUUGCAAAUUUGCAAAAACUUUGCAAAAACUUAUAUACCCUUUGUUGGCAAUGACACAGGUCAAACGUUUUCUGUAAGUCUUCACAAGGUUUUCACACACUGUUGCUGGUAUUUUGGCCCAUUCCUCCAUGCAGAUCUCCUCUAGAGCAGUGAUGUUUUGGGGCUGUCGCUGGGCAACACAGACUUUCAACUCCCUCCAAAGAUUUUCUAUGGGGUUGAGAUCUGGAGACUGGCUAGGCCACUCCAGGACCUUGAAAUGCUUCUUACGAAGCCACUCCUUCGUUGCCCGGGCGGGGUGUUUGGGAUCAUUGUCAUGCUGAAAGACCCAGCCACGUUUCAUCUUCAAUGCCCUUGCUGAUGGAAGGAGGUUUUCACUCAAAAUCUCACGAUACAUGACCCCAUUCAUUCUUUCCUUUACACGGAUCAGUCGUCCUGGUCCCUUUGCAGAAAAACAGUCCCAAAGCAUGAUGUUUCCACCCCCAUGCUUCACAGUAGGUAUGGUGUUCUUUGGAUGCAACUCAGCAUUCUUUGUCCUCCAAACACGACGAGUUGAGUUUUUACCAAAAAGUUAUAUAUUGGUUUCAUCUGACCAUAUGACAUUCUCCCAAUCCUCUUCUGGAUCAUCCAAAUGCACUCUAGCAAACUUCAGACGGGCCUGGACAUGUACUGGCUUAAGCAGGGGGACACGUCUGGCACUGCAGGAUUUGAGUCCCUGGCGGCGUAGUGUGUUACUGAUGGUAGGCUUUGUUACUUUGGUCCCAGCUCUCUGCAGGUCAUUCACUAGGUCCCCCCGUGUGGUUCUGGGAUUUUUGCUCACCGUUCUAGUGAUCAUUUUCACCCCACGGGGUGAGAUCUUGCGUGGAGCCCCAGAUCGAGGGAGAUUAUCAGUUGUCUUGUAUGUCUUCCAUUUCCGAAUAAUUGCUCCCACAGUUGAUUUCUUCAAACCAAACUGCUUACCUAUUGCAGAUUCAGUCUUCCCAGCCUGGUGCAGGUCUACAAUUUUGUUUCUGGUGUCCUUUGACAGCUCUUUGGUCUUGGCCAUAGUGGAGUUUGGAGUGUGACUGUUUGAGGCUGUGGACAGGUGUCUUUUAUACUGAUAACAAGUUCAAACAGGUGCCAUUAAUACAGGUAACGAGUGGAGGACAGAGGAGCCUCUUAAAGAAGGUUACAGGUCUGUGAGAGUUACAGGUCUGUGAGAGCCAGAAAUCUUGCUUGUUUGUAGGUGACCAAAUACUUAUUUUCCACCAUAAUUUGCAAAUAAAUUCAUAAAAAAUCCUACAAUGUGAUUUUCAGGAUUUUUUUUUCUUAAUUUGUCUGUCAUAGUUGACGUGUACCUAUUUUAUUACAGGCCUCUCUCAUCUUUUUAAGUGGGAGAAAUUGCACAAUUGGUGGCUGACUGAAUACUUUUUUUCCCCACUGUACAUACGCUUGGAGUUUGCCAAAAGGCACCUAAAGACUCUCAGACCAUGAGAAACAAGAUUCUCUGGUCUGAUGAAACCAAGAUUGAACUCUUUGGCCUGAAUUCCAAGCAUCACGUCUGGAGGAAACCUGGCACCAUCCUUACGGUGAAGCAUUUUGGUGGCAGCAUCAUGCUGUGGGGAUGUUUUUCAGUGGCAGGGACUGGGAGACUAGUCAGGAUCGAGGCAAAGAUGAACGGAGCAAAGUACAGAGAGAUCCUUGAUGAAAACCUGCUCUAGAGCGCUCAGGACCUCAGACUGGGGCGAAGGUUCACCUUGCAACAGCACAACGACCCUAAGCACACAGCCAAGACAACACAGGAGUGGCUUCGGGACAGGUCUCUGAAUGUCCUUGAGUGGCCCAUUCAUAGCCCGGAUUUGAACCCGAUCAAACAUCUCUGGAGAGACUUGAAAAUACCUGUGCGCUCUGGAGCAGGUCCAACCCCAUCCAACCGGACAGAGUUUGAGAAGAUCUGCAGAAAAGAAUGGGAGAAACUCCCCAAAUACAGGUGUGCCAAGCCUGUAGCGUCAUACCCAAGAAGACUUGAGGCUGUAAUCGUUGCCAAAGGUGCUUCAACAAAGUACUGAGUAAAGGGUCUGAAUACUUAUGUAAUGUAAUAUUUUCAAUGUUUUAUAUUGAAUAAAUUAGCAAACAUUUCUAAAAACCUGUUUUUGCUUUGUUGUUAUGGGGUAUUGUGUGUAGAUUGAUGAGGGAAAAAACUCUUUGAAUCCAUUUUAGUAUAAGGAGUAACACAAUGAGGAAAAAGUCAAGGGGUCUGAAUUCUUUCAGAAUGCACUGUAUAGGUACACAAUACAGCACGGUUCUGCAACUGGCGGUGGUUUAAUUUUGCGGAGCAAUAUUUUUUUUAUAUAUAUACAUAUAUUAUUUGGGGAUAUCUGCUACAGGUGAUUUUUAUUUGAGAAAUCUGUUCCCAAGUAUUCCCACGCAUAAUAGAGAGAUAUGUGAUCGUCUACAAAUGUAAGCAAGGUUUUAAAUUAUUAUGUUUUAGUCAAAUAUUAUAUCUGUUUGGGAUUCUUGCGGUCAAUUUGCAGUCAAAUGAUUUGUAAUUAUGUUCCGGCCCCCAAACAUCCGCUCAAGAAAAAAUCCUCCAGCGGCUGAAUCUAGUUGAUGAUCCCUGCUAUACAGUAUAUAUUCCUUUUACUGGAGGUGCCUAGACGACAUUGUAUGUGACUCGUAACACGGUUGAUAUUGUUGUGAACCAGGAGUGAUUUGUAGUUGAGUACCUACUGACUUCCCCUUCUCAGUGCUGACAGCUCAAUAGCUACCAGGAGUUGUGUUUAGCUGAGUCUAAUGCUCAAAGGUUGCGAGUUCCAAUCUCAUCUCGGACAAAUUUAGCAUUUUAGCUAAUUAUCAACUUUUCAACUACUUACUACUUUUUAGCUACUUUGCAACUACUUAGCAUGUUAGCUAACCCGUUCCCUAACCCUAACCUUAACCCUUUUAGCUAACACUUAACCUAACCCUAACCUUAACCCUUUUAGCUAACCCUUCCCCUUCCCCUAACCCUAACAUUAACCCUUUAACCUAACUCCUAAACUUAGCCCUAACCUUACCCUAACCCCUAACCCUUAUCCCUAACCUAGCUAACGUUAGCGAGCUAGCUAAUGUUAGCCACCUAGCCACCUAGCUCGAAUUCACACCAUAUCAUAGGUUUUGCAACUUUGUAACAUAUUGUACGUUUUGCAAAUUCGUAACAUAUAAUACGAAUUGUAAUUUGUAACAUAUCAUACGAAAUGGGUGAUGGAUAUGCACAAAUUAAGACAUACCAUACGAAAUGUAACAUAUCAUACUAAAUAGUGUCUCAGCUUGAUGUACAGAAUAAUACAAAAUGAUCUGAGACCAGGUUGGUAAUGCUGCUGCUCUGUCUGUCUGCCUGUCUGUACUGUGUGACUGACUGACUGACUGACUGACCCACUGUAGUGGAAUGGUGUGAUGAUGACGUGAUCCUUUGUGACCAAACAGAAGAAGAACAUUGUGCUUAUUAUCUCUGACAAACCUGGUCUGUGUAGGCCCCAACACAGCAGUGGUUAUGGAUCGUUUGUAGCGGCGUGUCAGCAACAAUACAGACAUUACACUAUGAAACAGCCAGGUAAUUGAGUAGCUACAGAGGCACUCGACACACACAUACGCAUACGCACACACACACACAGGCAUGCACACAUCCUCACACACAACCUCGUCCGUUUGACGAAUUCAAAAGAGCAAAAGGAGAGAAGAAGACGGUCAAUAAAGAACAACAACAUUACAGGAGGAAGGGACUCCAGGGAGAGAGAGAGAAGGAAACCACCAUCCCUAGGCGCUUGUCCAAUGUGAUUAUGAUAACGAGGGAGUGAAAAGAGGAGAGGAAAAUGCAGCCUGGAGGAAGGAGGCAGGGAGGGAUGGAGGGAGGGAGGUGGAUGGGUGAUGUGACUCUAAGGCAUUCUGUUUUGGGGGUGCCAGGGGGUGGUGUAUGUCAGUAACACUGCUAGGUGAUCAGCAGUGUGAGUGUAUGUGCAUAUCUAACUUUUGUCGGUGGGACGGACGACUGCUGUAACAGAGAUAAAACAAGAAGCGACUGACGUGAGACUGAAGAAGGGAGCUGUGGAGGCAGGUGAGAGGGGGUGUAGGUACUGUAGGUGCGAAGGGAGGAUUGGAAGCACUGUUGCGUUUCCUCUGUUUCGCGUUGCAUGUCUCUCUCUCUCUGUCUCGUUCUUUAGCUCUGGGGAAUCAGUUAGAACUUGUUCUGGUGUCACACUACUGCUGCGGACUACUGGUAGCUUUCUCCACCUGCAAACUUCUGGCAGGUCACUCCACUUAG